GCGCUUCUCCGCUUCUCGAGUCUUCAACGUCCGAGGGCUAAAAAAUGAGACCUUCUAAGGCAUCGCCGAACGGUAUCACUCGCCGACCGACGCUUCUGCGUCUGGUCUGUGCGGCUGUGAUCUUCUCUCUUCUCGUCUUCGCCAUCCAAUCUUCUCUCUUCACAGGUGACCAGAAAUCAGAUCUCAACAGAGAAGAAAUCCGGAUUUUAUCUGAUUUCCAGUCCAGUGUUCAACAAUGCGUGGCAAACAGAGGUCUUGGACUGACUGCACACAUUAUUGACCAGUGCAAACUGAUUCUGAAGUUCCCAGAAGGCACUAAUAGCACCUGGUAUAAUGCGCAAUUCAAAAUUUAUGAGCCAUUGGAGUACACUUAUGACAUAUGUGAUGCAAUUUUGUUGUGGGAACAGUAUCGUAACAUGACCACAGUGUUGACUAGAGAAUAUCUAGAUGCGCGGCCAGAUGGGUGGUUAGAGUACGCAGCAAAAAGGAUUGCUCAGUUGGGAGCUGACAGGUGCUACAAUCGAACUCUUUGUGAGGAGCACCUAAAUUUGAUUCUACCAGCAAAGCCCCCUUUCCAUCCACGGCAGUUCCGUACUUGUGCAGUUGUUGGAAACUCUGGAGAUCUCUUGAAGACAGAGUUUGGUGCGGAAAUUGAUGGUCAUGAUGCUGUUAUACGGGACAAUGAGGCCCCUGUUAAUCAGAAAUAUGCCAAGUAUGUUGGUCUGAAACGGGAUUUCCGCCUUGUAGUACGGGGAGCUGCUCGUAACAUGGUUAAAAUUCUCAAUGGAUCAUCGGAUGAGGUGCUUAUAAUCAAAAGUGUGACUCACAGGGACUUUAAUGCAAUGAUAAAGAGUAUCCCAAAUCCUGUUUAUCUUUUCCAAGGGAUAGUGCUUCGCAGAGGUGCCAAAGGAACUGGAAUGAAGUCUAUUGAACUAGCACUUUCAAUGUGUGACAUUGUUAACAUUUAUGGUUUUACAGUUGAUCCUGGAUACACUGAAUGGACACGGUAUUUCUCUACGCCUAGGAAGGGGCACAAUCCACUACAAGGAAGGGCUUAUUACCAGUUACUCGAGUGCCUUGGUGUUAUUCGUAUACACUCUCCCAUGAGAUCCCAGAGGAAGCAAGACUGGUUAGAUGUGCCAAGUCGAGAAAUGGUUAGCAGAGCUCAUGCGGCUGCAUUGCACUUAAAAAGGGGACAAGCCGGUGGAAUGGGGCAGUUCGGUAGUUGUAAGGUGUGGGGAAAUGUGGUCUCUGACAGAGUUGGGCCCAUCUCAGGGUCUUCAGAUAUGAGUGAUGUCAGAAAGAAUUCAAACUAUCACAAGUGGGAAAAAAUGCCUUUUGGGAGUCUAAGAGAGGAAGCUCGAGAUCACUACAUGCAAAUGGAAGGUGUUUCCCUUUACAAAAUGGAUGGCAAUAAAUUGGAUGAUCUGGUCUGUGUGAAGCAUUCCUUAAAGACCGAGGAAUAAAAGAUUUGUGUCUGUGCUCAUUGUAUUCUUGCACUUUGGCUGGAUCGAGCAUUGCCAAUCUAUUGCGGAUUCUCGGCGAGAGGGUCUUCUGGACAGAGGUAUUGGAAUUCUUUUACCAGAAUUUUUUCCUCACAUUUUCCUGGCGGAUAGAAAACUCAUAACUGGCUGUUGCACAGCCCCCCCAAGGAAACUCCUCAGCAACAGUGGCACGAUGAACUUCUAUCAAUCCAAAAGAUCAAGAAUUUGUCUGAAAUUUUAUUCAUAAAGAUACUUCUUGCAUUGUCAAAAUUCUUCGAGGGGUUCAUUGAAAUACGGGAAACGUGACCAGAGUUGGAGUUGUAUUUAUUUCAUUGUUAAAAUAUUUAUACUGUUAUGGGGUGGGUUGCUAGGGCUGCUAGUUUUCAGACUUGGCUGUAGAACAUCGUAGUGGUUAUUUAAGUUCUAAUUUUUAUUGAUUUACAUUAUUCUUGUCA